UUUUCCGAAAAUGUCUACCAAUGAUUUCAAUCUAUCCAUUCCGAUCCUUCUAACCAUCAUAUCACAACAAUUUAAACAGGUAAACGCAACCCUUAGCACCAGCAAACCACAUACACACAAAAGACAUAACAAAAUGAUAUCCUUGGGAUCGAUGACUACUCUUCAUUGUACAAACAGAAAUCACCUGCCUUGUAUGCCCACACUCAGUACCAAAAUUGAAUCAAGCGUGCAACGUUCUAGUUGCGUUUCGAGAUUGCAUGAGGCCGUUGUCGAGACAGCUAACGAUAUUAAUUCAGCAAGAAACAAUCAUAGUGAGGUUCUGCAACUGCCAGAGAGACUGAGACCAGAACUGAUGCCGAAUCAUGUCGCGAUCAUUAUGGAUGGUAAUCGACGGUGGGCGCGCCAGAGGAAUUUACCAGUGUUCGAUGGUCAUACGGCUGGUAAAGAGACGUUGAAAGAACUCACUCGCUUAUGCUCCAAGUGGGGAAUCAAAGUCCUCAGUGUUUUUGCAUUCUCUACUGAGAACUGGUCAAGGCCCAAAGAAGAGGUGAGCUUUCUGUUGCGGCUGAUAGAAGAGGUGCUCAAAUCAGAUCUAGAAGAGUUUAUGCGGUCAGGAAAUCGGAUAUCUGUGAUGGGGAACAGAAAAAUGCUGUCCAGAUCACUACAAGAAUCCAUCACUCGAGCAGAAGAGACUACAAAGGCGAACACCGGAACUCUGCUGAACUUAGCCAUUAACUAUGGAGGUCGAUACGACAUUGUACAAGCAUGCAAAUCCAUUUGUAAAAAAGCCAUGACCGGACAUCUUCAAGUGGAUGACAUUGAUGAGACUGUCUUCGAACGAGAACUCGAGACGAAUGACCUCCAUAACCCCGAAUUGCUCAUUCGCACUAGUGGUGAACUUCGAAUCAGUAACUUCUUCUUGUGGCAACUGGCCUACUGUGAACUAUAUUUUGCAGAUAAAAUGUUUCCUGAUUUCGGAGAAGAAGAUUUCGUCGAGGCCUUGAGCUCAUUUCAGAAAAGGCAAAGACGGUUUGGUGGGGAUUAUUAUCCCAAGGCUUGACGAAAGGAAAAACUUAUGUCUGUCAACCUAAACUUGUGAGCUAAAUUCCUGUAGUAAACAGUUAACCGGAACACACGAUGAUCA